CUACAAGUGUCGGCAAACCGCCAUCUUUCUUCGUAACGAGUUAGUAGGGCAAAAUAACAACCACUUUUCAAUGACUAUUUCUGCAAAAUACAACAACUGAGAGGAUCGGAUUUGGUCAAUUAUUGAGAAUAACGACUUUAAAAGGCAGCAGGCAGCAGCAAAGUUCAGAUUCUGUGCACAUACUAGAUAUAAGACACAGUAGUUUGGUGUAAACGCUCGAAUAGCGGAGGCAGUCAGUAUGGGCCGCUCACGGAGCCGCAGCUCGUCCCGGUCAAAACACUCCAAAAGCAGCAAGCACAGCAAGAAACGAAGUCGGUCUCGAUCACGGUCCAGAGACAGGGAGCGGUCUAAGAAGCGGUCCAAAUCCCGGGAAGGGAAAAGGAGUCGGCGUAGAGAGUCUCGUUCACGUUCUCGGUCCACUACAGCUUCAUCCCGGAGAGACAGAGCAGCCUCGCCGCCAGAGCGCAUCGACAUCUUCGGUCGGACGCUGAGCAAGAGAAAUGCCCUGGAUGAGAAGCAGAGGAAAGAAGAAGAGGAAAGAAAGGCAGAAAUGGAAAGACAAAGGAAAAUUCGUCAGCAGGAGAUCGAGGAGAAGCUGAUCGAGGAGGAGACGGCCCGGCGAGUCGAGGAGCUGGUGGCGAAGCGGGUGGAGGAGGAGCUGGAGAAGCGGAAGGAUGAGAUUGAGCGAGAGGUGCUCCGGCGUGUUGAGGAGGCAAAGCGCAUCAUGGAACGGCAGCUGCUGGAGGAGCUGGAGAGGCAGCGGCAGGCCGAGUUGGCGGCGCAGAAGGCCAGAGAGGAGGAAGAAAAAUCGAAGCGGGAGGAGCUGGAAAAAAUCCUGGAGGAGAAUAACCGCAAGAUCGCCGAAGCUCAGGCCAAACUGGCUGAGGAGCAGUUGCGUAUUGUGGAGGAGCAGAGAAAGAUUCACGAGGAGCGCAUGAAGCUGGAGCAGGACCGGCAGCGGCAGCAGAAGGAGGAGCAGAAAAUGAUCCUCGGCAAGGGCAAGUCCAGGCCCAAGCUCUCCUUCUCACUCAAGGCCACAGAAUGAGACACUGCUCCCCACUUUCAUCCACAUGUCGCGCCCUGCCUUCAUCCCCUCCCCACACACACCUCCCCUCCCCCCUCCCACCCAGCUCUCCCUCCUCAUCAUCAUUCUACCCUCCCUCCUCAUCUGUGGAACGCUCGCUUCGUUUUGGAAGUGCUGAAGGAAGGCUGAGGAAACGGGGACGCGACCCGAUGUGUUGACUCGCUCGUCCCUUCUCAGCGUUGAAGAGGAAGCAGCUCUUCGUGCCCACCCUCCACCCCCACUGAAGGACCUGGCUGCUCCUUCCGGCCCUCCUCACCCCCCCCACCCCUCACCGCACAGAUGACUCCUGUUUGUGCUUUUUCCUCCUCAGUUUUAUUUUCACUUUUAGGGAACUUGAACUUUUGAUGUAGAAUGCUCUAACUUGUCCUUUUCGCCCCGUUUAAGUCUUAACUCUGGUGUAACAGCGACAAACUGUACGCCCAUGCUCUUAACAGCAAACUACAAUCCAGUCCCUGAUGUAGAAGAAUAUGUGUGACUCUGUUUAGUCCAGCUUACUGUUCAUGUGCAGCUUGGGAGUUGGCCUGUGGUUUUCCUGUUUUCUUUUUUUUUUUUUUUUUUUUUUUUUUAAAGUAAGAGUCCUAAAGCGGCUGAUGCAGCGGUAACAAAUCAGCCUUUAAAAGCACACUUCACAUCCCGUCCGGCUGAAAGCUUCACGUCUUUUACCUUCCACAUGUUUUCUCCUCCAGAUGAAGCUUAUUUCUACUUCUUUUUUAACUCGUAUGCAAAGUCGUCGCAGCGCAGGUGAACUCAGUCCCCGACUCCCAAACUGCCCAUGACAGAACCACCAACCUACAACAGGAUACAUGUCUGUCUGUCUGUAAUAAAGGGGGGGGGGGGGGGGGGCGGGUUGUCUGUGGGUAGUGGAAGAGAGAGGGGACAUUUCCUGUAUGAUGUCAUGUUAUUAGCCUUGCUGUGAUGUGCUGACUCCCACUCCUCAAACUCGGAGGAUUAGAAAACAAAAAGUAAUGCUUGAUUUUUGUUCGACUGGGGGAAAAAAAAAAAAAUAACGGUGCAUUGUACAAACAAAAAACGAAACAUCCCAGCAUACAGUGCGUGUUCUGUCCCUGAGCUUUGUUGUAGUAAAUUAACUUGGCAAGGCGUCUCACUUCAUGAUUCGUAGAGGAUGGACAAGUCCAGGUAAGAUGUGGCUUGAGGUCAGCUGUGUGGAUGUGUGCGAGUGUCACAGUGUGUGUGUAUGUGUGUGUGCGUGUGUGUUGCGAAUGACAAGGCUGACCUCAAGUCUGUAUAAUGACUUUUUCUUAUGUUGUGGGAAUCUUGAGUUCGUCGUGUAAUUUCCCCCCAGUUGUCAAGGGACUGAACAGUUCAAUAAAUCCAUUGAAUGCCUCUA